GGAAUUUGAAUACUGCCUGAUAUUGCGUGUAUGUUAUUAUAGUUUUAAAGGGAUACGAAAGAAGUUUUUUUUUCUCGGAAAAACAUAUUUCGCACCUAAUAUAACCAUCAACAGGCUAACAAAAUGGCAGACACUAUAACACCAACUAUAUCAUUAGCACUAUAUCGUUAUCUGUGUCAACAUAUAGUAGGAACAGAAGAUCAUGUUAAACGAAUCAGAAUGAUGAACGCUGUUAAGGAUCGUAUGGACAGUACCAAAAAUAUAACAUUUAUAACAAGUGGAAGCUUUGGAGAAGGACUUCAGAUGCGAGGCAGUGAUUUAGACGUAAUGUAUCUAGAUACAAGGUUCGAGGUUUUCGAAGAUGUAAAACCUCGCUUUAAUCCAAAUAAAAUAUAUUUUUCAAUGGAAAGAGACGAUGUAAAACCUGGUUAUACUCAGUUAAGACUGGAAUAUAUCACAAGUCAGCAUAAUGGGGAAAAUUAUUAUUCGAGUGCAUUAUAUAAACAACAUUUCAUUUUUGAUGAAGGUUUAACGAUUCAUGGACCGUGUAUAACUGACGAAUACGAACAAACGGACACUGCAUUUUGUUUUCAUUGUAAAACAUGGGUAUCAACUGCAGUACAAUGGAUAACAAGGUCAAGUAACGCAUGGCCGAGCCAUAAUGUCAAAGAAAAUGUUAUAAAACACGGAGUAAUUUUGGUACCGAUCGGAGUAAAGGGGUCACCAAAAGAAGAUCUAGAAUGGCGAGUGUCUUUUUCAGUUGGCGAAAAACUUUUGAUAAAUACCUUUACACACACUCAAUUACUGUGCUAUGUUCUUUUAAAAAUUAUUUUGAAAGAUGUAAUAGCUACUUACUCUGAUUGUAAAGAUUUACUUUGUUCUUAUUUCAUGAAAACAAUAAUUUUCUGGAUAUCUGAAGAACUGCCACAAUACGUAUGGAAACCUGAUAAUUUUAUACCUUGUUUUAUGCGAUGUUUCAGUAGGCUGGUUUAUUGUGUUGAACACUCAGUUUGCUUGCAUUACUUCAUUCCAGAGAACAACAUGUUCGAGAACAAAAUAGAGGGUCGCGGUCGUAAAAUACUUUUAGAAAAAUUGUAUAUGUUGUAUAGCUAUGGAUGGCGAUGCAUCUUAUUUUCAGAUCAAAUAUCUAACUUUCAUGGAAGCAGGUGGACUUUCCACAUCGAAACACAUAAAUUAUAUGUAAAUGACGUUGAGAAAAUACUAGACUCGAACUUUUUGUUUUUAGCAAAUUUUGCCUUUAAAACUCGUACUGUAAACUUGGAAUCGAUACUCAAGAACGGAAUAUUACAGAUCAUGAUGUGUCCACAAUCUUCAAUAAAAGAUUUAUAUAAGCACUACAUGUCAAUGUGUUUUAGUGCACGUGCUCAGAUUAUACCACUGGAGAGUACAUUCAGCAAUAAUAAAUAUCGAUACAAACAAUACAAAUCCUGUCUUAGUACUCUGCUACUAAAUGUCUAUCACGACGCCGUAUCUGGAUGGCUGAUGGUAGCCUCCCUUUUCUAUAAAACAAAACAAUACAGAAAAGCUUUACACAUCAUCGGAUAUUCUAUAUCAAAAUGUACUCCAGAAAAACUGCACCACCACAUGACUAUGGCUGAUAUCCAUUACAAAUGGUUAAAACUGCAAUCAUUCCAGAGAAAGAGUUUAGUUUACCUACAAAAAAAUAUGCUUGUAGAUUUUGUUUCAUUUGUAAUGAAUUCAACGAUAAUUCCAGAUGAACUUGGAAUGGAAGAAUCGAUGUUUCCAUCUACAGCAUAUGCUUAUUUCCUUAAUUGUCUUUGUCAUUAUCAUAUCAAUAAUGUUAGACAAUGUCAGGAUUCCCUUCAAUAUUUACAACUGACUAUAGAAGAAAAACAUUUAAUGCCACAAAUUUUGUUACGAGCAGAAGCUUACAAUUUGUUAGGAAUUGCUUUACAGCUAUUAGGCGACACUGAUUCCGCACGGCAAGCAUUCUUACAAUCUGCUGAAUUAUGCUAGCACCAAUUGGAAAAUUAUGCCUUCGGGACGCUUUUGUUUAUGAGUUAUUUCUGACAUCGCAUUCGGGUGAAUUAUCGAAGUUAUGACGUUUAUGUAUUUUGUCUAGUUUUCAAAGUUCUAUGUAUGCAAAUAGGUUCAAUAUAUGUCUGUAACUUGAACAAAAGUGAUAUAAGAUAGAGCUACAUACAUGUAACCACAUAAUAAAGAAAUCUCAGAACUAUA